CGCCGCCGCCAUAUUGGCCGCUUGUUAUGAUGGUGGGCGAGGAAGUCGUCGGCGAUUAGGGACUGGAAUUCAGGAUGGCAGUCGACUUCUGCGACUAUUUUUGGGGGGAAGAGCACAAUGGGUGGAAUGUUCUGUAUCAGAAUAUGAAACAAGGUCAGACUGCAAGUAAAGAAUUAGCAGAAUUUUUCAAGGAGAGAUGGUCAAUAGAUGAAACAUAUUCCAAAUCUCUUGCAAAGUUAGCCAACAAAGCUGGAAGUAACACUGAGAAGGGAACUUCUGCACAAAUAUUUGUUGUGCUCCGCCAGUCAUCAGAGAAAUUGUCCAAUAUACACUCUCACACCGUCCAACGUGUGCAGGACUUAGUUAAGGAGGUAGUCAAGUACAAUGAGGAUCUACAUAAGAAGUAUAAAGGGGUGAAAGAUGAAGAGAGUCAAACCGAAGAGAUUGUCAAGAGCAUUCAGACAACCAGCGGACUUGCUCAGAAGGCCCGAGAAACUUACAGCCAAAGAUGUCAGGAUUUAGAAAAAGUAAGGAGAGAUGGUGCCUCACCAAAGGACGUAGAAAAGGCAGAAGCUAAAUUGCGAAAAGCUCAUGAUGAAUAUCGAUCACUAGUUGAGAAGUAUAAUAAUAUUAGGGAAGAGUUUGAGAAGAGGAUGACUACAUCAUGUAUGAAAUUUCAAAGUGUGGAGGAGUCUCACUUAGCACAAAUGCUACAGUUUGUGCAAACCUACAUAAAUGUUCUACAAAGCAACCAUGAAGCAAUGGGGCAGGUACACCGUGACCUUCUCAGCCAGUACUCGCAGUUCUCAGUGGAAAAAUUGCUUGACCAGUUUGCGCUUUCAAAACAUACUGGAUUAGAAAAACCAUAUGUGAUGGUUUUUGAAGAUGCUGGGUCUCUAGGAUCAGCCAUUUCAGGACAGCAGUCGCCCGAACCUGCUGAUCAGUCCAAAUCUUCAGCAGAAGAUGCAGGGGUUGGCGGGGGAAGCUCCAGUGGUGGCGUCUUAGCUGGAGGUACUGUGGUUGUCACAAAGUCGGGUCGAAGUGAACGUGAGUGGUCUGCUCCCCCCAGCUGUAAUUCAGGUGGGGGGGAAGGUAGCCAGGAUGGGGAUGGGGGUGAGAGGGUCACCGAGAGCCUCCCCCCUUCCCCAGCCAAGGCUCCUCCUGCACGUGUAACCAGUGCCCCCACCAGCCCUACUGCAGCGGACGAUCCAAGCCUGGCCCGCAGUGUAUUCCGCUCCUCAAAGUGUGAUGCGUCCCCCUCUCGGUCGCCAUACAAUAGUCUUCACACCCUGGCUGCAGGGUUCCUAAGAAGUAGAAGAGAUAAGAAGAAAGAAAAAAAGAGCAAGAAGAAAAAAGAUGCUGAUUCAUCCAGCAAUAAAGAGGAAAAAUCAGACAAUGAGGUGAAUGAUGAUCCAGGGCCAAGAACAAGUGAAUUGAUAUCCACCUCCACAACACAAAGUGGACCAGACAAAAUGACUGGAGCAUUAACAACAAGCGUUGAUGAAGAGGGCUUUUCUGUGCGACCCCAGGAAGUUAAGACCCCAGCUGAGGAGACCAGUUUUGACUCUUCAUCUGACUCAGACUCUGAUGGAGAGUCAGACAAAAAGAUCCAUGUUGAGAUCAAGCCAAUUAGCAAUGGUAAUACCCCUAUAUCUGCCAGUGUAGAUGAACUAAGAGCUACAAUUGAAGGAAUGUCAUUAUCACCUAUGCCAUUUGCCUCGCCUCGUGUGCCUCCACGCCAGAUUUACGCGGAUGGAAAGAUCAAGAUCAGAUACUUAACAUUACAGAAGACAAGAAGAACCUCAACCGAUACGCAAGACUCGUUUCCUAUGAAGCGCUCCAACAGCAUCACCCAUCAGCUAAGUAACAAGACAAGUUCUGCAGACCUGUUAGGAUUAAAUCUUACCUUUGGUGGGAGCUCUGGGACCAGUGAUAGCAGUCCAAGAGGGGUUCUAGCAACUAGCACACUAGGGGACACUGCUCUCAACAGACCCAUGUCCCCAGCAUCUAAUGCAUUAACAGGUCUUUCAUCACCAGCACCAUCUGUUAGCUCCAUAACAUCUCCUGUGCUGGCUCCACCCCCACGUGCUGAUAGAUAUGCUGAGCUGAGUGAAAUUCUCAAUGAAGCUGAAGGGGAUGCUCCACCUGCACUUCCCCCGAGAACGGGUGGAGGCUCGUCAAGUCGUGGAUCCACACCCACUCCAACAAUGGCAAUACCCCGACCGCCAUCAAGAAAAGCACUGGAGGGACCAUCUCCACGGGGACGUCAGAGUCCUGCAACAGUAUCCGGACUUUCCCGAGCGGAAUCAGUGUCAAGUUUAGAAUUCCGCACCUCCAGCAUGGUGGGAACAUCCCGUGGGCCAUCUCCCCUCACAAUUGGGUUGUCUGACACCAUACCCAUUGCUGUUGCAUUCCAAGAGCUUUGCCAUGCCUAUUUUAGAGGCAGUGAUGAGUCUAAGUGUCAGGUGAAAGUCACAGGAGAAAUGAUGGUAUCCUUUCCAGCUGGUAUUGUUGGUGUCUUGGCCAAUAACCCAUCCCCUGCUCAGCUAUCAUUUAGGGUUAAUAAUUUUGCCAGAGUUACAAAUGUCUUACCCAACAGACAACUUAUUACCGUUGAUACAGAACAGUCAACUGAGGAAUGUGGUGCAUUUGACUUCAACAUGCCUGCUCUCACUGCUCUACUUAGAAAGCAAGCAGAAAGUAACCCUUCAGCAUCCUAUUUUAAUGUGGACAUGAUCAAGUACCAGGUCAACAUUGCAAGUGGAGCUCACUCGUCACCGCUGCAGUUAGUUUCAUAUUGGAAGUGCGAAGACUCCCACACUGAUUUACGCAUAGACUACAAGUAUAACCCUCAUGCCAUUGCGUCACCAUCUCCAUUGCUCAAUCUGAACAUUAAGGUGCCGGUGGAUGGUGUAGUUGGAAAUAUGCAGUCAAAGCCUUCAGGACAGUGGCUGAAAGACGAGCAGAGAGCUAUGUGGAAGAUGACAGAAUUGUCACAGCACUCGACAGGAGGAGGUGUGGGGUCACUGAGAGCAAAGUUUGAUGUUGCAGCUGGGCCAUCCACACCAGCCACUGUAUCAGCCUAUUUCAACUGUGAAGGGACAACUGUAUCUGGGCUAGAAUUUAGUCUGUUUGGCUCAGGGUAUCGAGUUUCACUUAUUAAGAAGAGAUUUGUCUCAGGCAAAUACAUCUGUGAUGCAGAUGCUGUGUUAAGACUACGAUAUGGCUCGAUCCCUAGUUAGUAUUAUAAGAUAUAUAUAUAUACAUAUAUAUAUAUAGAAAUUAAGUUUUAUUGAAUGAAAGAUUAUGAUAAAUGCAAGGAGUGUAAUGUACAGCAUUUGGUGACAUACCACACAUAGUAGAAAUAGCUAAAGUGGGACAGUAUCUCUGACUUUUAUGUGAUUAUGUGUCUUUUACAACACUCUGCCUCAUAUUCUUGUACUUUUCUCACCAAUUCAUUUCCUUCAGGUCACUCUAAGAUAUAAACAUUUACAGAAUAAUGGAACCCAGUAAAAAUAAAGCUUAGGAUAGCAGUAUAGAAAAGAAGUGCAUUCUUGAAAGUUAUGCCUACUAAUUUAUUUUGCAGAGGAAGAUUUUUUUUUUUUUUUUUUUUUUUUUUUUUUUUUUUUCUUUCAUAUAUGAUUACUAUUUUUUAAUUUUCCUUUUCUGAUGAUGAUUUCUUAGAAUAGCUUGUUUCUUAUAAUGUCUCAAGUAAUCAGAAUUACAAAAAGGGUCAGCAUGAUUAAAAUGUACCAAAGGUUGUUUGUGUGAGAAAUACUGGUAUAACAUGAAAUGAUUCCUAAAAGGGGUGCACAAGAGGAAGUAAUGAUGCCUGAGGUAAUGUCCAUGUUAAGGACCUUCUUAUAGACUCUGCUCAAGAAGCCCUUGUAUCUUCAUCAAGAGAGUAAUGAUCUCGUUUAGAUGAAGCAUGUUAUUUUCAGUGGAAGAGUGUAGUACAAUUUAUUGAGCUUCAGAAGCUGAAUGUCUGUGGUUGGUUCUUCAGAGGGUUUAACUUUUUAUUUAACUUUUUUCUUGGUCUGCAAGAUAUUUUUUUGCAACUGUGAUAAUAUUCUGAAACUCUCUGGAAGUAUCUGGAAGUUCAAGAUUAUCACAUUAUAUUUGCAUCAAGUUUCAACUUUGGGAUGUUGCAAUCCUUCAGUUUAUCUAGGUUCAGAGAAUAUCUGUAGGACCUAGCUUUGUUGAAAUGGUAAUUUUAUUAAAGAAUAUCAAGUGGAACCCUUUACUAUUAGUCUUUAAUGAAGGAGCUGACAUAUCGAAGGCUGAAUUUACAGCAUGUGUAGUCAGGAGUUUGCUGAUCCCUUUUGUAUCAAAUGUCGUAUGAACGGACACAUUUGCGCACCCUUAGGAAGAGUUGUAGUCAUAUUUCUCUUGGAACGUCGUCAUUUCACCAGUUAUAAGAUGUGUUUAGAGAAAAAUGAUCCUUUUAUCACCAUCUCUCUUUUCUCUGAAUGAUUAACAUUCUUUUAUAGUAUAUAUUAGUAACUUUGAAUAUUAGAAAAGACUAAUUUAAUGAAGAAAAUAAAAUGAAGCACUAAGAGAAAUUUGCCCAUGCUGUUUCUGUUAUAUAAAUUUGCACCAUUUGUGUUUAAAACUACAGUAAACUCUUGUACUGGUUAAUCCUAUGACAAAAUAAUGAUUUUGUGUACAAGUUCAUUAUAACUUAAGAAUCUUCUCCUUAUUCAUUAUUAUUGCAUCUCAUAAUGUUUCUUUUUUCCAUAUAUUGUCAUCAUGACUAUCAAUCAGAUUCUUGUUAUGAUUUUUGAGUAUUAUUGUUAAUUAUAUG